AUGGCGGGCCUCAGGAUGGACUGGGGCAGCACGCUCCUGGUCCUCGGUCUUUUGCUUGUUGUUCUCCCCGGGAAAGCGGCCGCGUUUGGUGCGGGCAACAUCCCGUCUAUCGCGCAGGUCGAGGGCCACAACUGGCGUCAUGGAGAUAUCGAGGACAUGCUCAAAACAGUCGCCUUCCUCCACGGCAAGAAAUGGACGACCAUGAUGGUCGGCCGCGUCUACUUUGGCAACUGGCUGCGGGACUACUCCCAAGCCGUCGACGUGGGCAGUCUCAAGGGUAUCAACGCAGCCACCAUCCGCGUCAUCGUCUGGGUUCUCUCCUUCAUGGCCAACGGCUACGCGACCGAGGAAUUCGAGGUCACCGAGGCGCGCCUGGGCGUCUACCGGCCCGAGGAGCACAUCGACAACCCGCGCGGGUACGCCGAUGACAAGGACGCGCGGGAGUUCGAUCCGCGGCUGCGCGGGCCUGUUGACCGGCGCGAGCUGGAGGUUGAUCCGCGUACGGGUAUGAAGAAUUACAUCGCCAACGAGAGCGGCGGGUGGGCGACGAGUGCCGGGUACUUGCGCUGGAGUUUUGCGCGGAGUAUUCACUACGGUCGGCUUUAUACGAGUGGCGCGAAUGGCACGUCUGGAAAGGAGGCGGAUCUGUGUGAGGCGCUGCGGUGUUUGGGCCAGGCGUUGCACUGCAUGGAGGACUUUGGCGCGCACACCAACUACUGCGAGCUGGCGCUUAUUGAGCUGGGCCAUCACAGCGUUUUUCCUCACGUCGGUAGCGCGACGCAGAUUCAUUUGAAGGGCAAGAUGGUGUAUCCUCUUGUCACUGGUACCUUUGGUGCGGUGGACUUUUUGCAUUCCGUUAUUGGCGAGGCAUCCGACCACUUCACCCAGUCCGAGGUGGACGAGAUCGACAUUGCUCUCAAGAACGCCGAACAGCUCAACAAGGGCGGUGGCGACGGCCAGCGCGGCUUCUUCAGUUCCGGCUCCGGCUCCGGGGGCAGCGACUUCAUCUCGCUAGUUAGCCAAAUGCCCGGCGUCGGGGACGGCUUCGCCUCGCAGGCCCGCGACCUCAAAGCCGCGUCCGCCGCGCAAGAACAAGAAAACAUCCGCGCCGGCAACAGCAACAUCAUACCCGGCAUGUCCCCCAACUUCGACCCGGUCAAGGUCUCCGGGCAGAUCUACCCAAUCCUCCAAUUCCGCGACCGCAUCGUGCGGUCCAUCAACAACAUGAUCUCCAAAGUGCCCGGGCUGGAAAAGCUGCUGGAGCACAUCAGCGAGACGCUGACGGCGUUUGUGCUCGGUCUGUUGGCCCCCUUCGUGCGGCCCAUCAUUAACCAGGUCAGCAAGGCGCUCAAGGAAGGGUCGUCGGGGGUCAUUGCCACGAGCGCGAACCAGCAGUUUGAGCCGUGGACUAACCCGCAUUGUUCGGAUCCGACGCACUCGAUGUUGUCCAAGGACCACUUUACUAAUAUCCUCAACUCGUGCGGUGGGCGGGUGUCGGUGACUAUUCUACAAUAUGUCGUUCCCCGCAUCAUGCACGCCUGGGAAAACCCCGGCGUCCCCCUCCCCGAAAUAAUGUCCGACAUCCUCCGCGCCUUCCACCACCCCGCCGCCCGCGACGACCGCAUCGAGAUCCAGCGCGAAAUGUUCGAAACCGUCCGCAAAUGGGCCCAAGAAACCCCGCACCGCAACCGGCUUGACCAUUUACUCUCGUCGGAAUCGGUCCGUAACCAUAAGAAUCAUGUUCUUAGCUCCGGCGGUUCUGGGAGCGGUGGUGGGUCUCGGGGGGUUCCUGGUGGUGGUGGUAGCCCCGCUGGGGGGUGUGGACAUGGUUCGGAUGGGGGACAUGGUCGGCCGGCGGGGUCGUUGUGGUCGCAUAUCCAGAAUGUUAACCGUGAUAAUCAGCAAGGGGAUAGCGGUCCGGCAAUGCACGGCCAAGCAGCGAGUUACUACGCUUCUGCCAGUUCCCCGCAGCCACCUGCUUCCUACAGCGGCAGUGGUCCGGGACCGUAUGGCCAGCCGCAGCAGCAACCGCACGGUGGUGGUGGUGGGGGAUACCCGGGUCAGGGAUAUCCGGGGCAGGGGGGGUAUGGGGGACAGCAGCAUGGACAGCAGCCGCCUUAUGGAGGAGGAGGGUAUCCGCCGCAGCAGCCGCCGCCGGGGUCUUGGGGUGGGGGUGGGUAUGCGCGGUACUGA